CCCGCCUCCCAUCCCCCGCAUCCAUGUCUGCCUCCAAGCCCCAGCACCCCUCGCUCCUGGAGCUGGUCGACCAGCGCCAGUCGCAGGGGAUCAACGACAAGGGUGACCGGUCAUUCACCGGGCUGCUGAAGAAGACCACCCCCUUCGUCGAGAGCGACGUCGACGAGGAGCUCAUCCUGGACAUGUACUUCGUGGAGCAGGUCAGCCUCUCCGGGCUGAAGAUCACCGCCACCGACGCGGACUCCGCGCCCAAGCGCAUUCGGGUGUUUGUCAAUCGCGACGACGUGUCCUUCGAGAACGGGUCCUCCCUGACCGCGGCAUUUGAGUCCGAUCUGACGGCCGCCUCGCUGGCUGCCGGGUGCUACAUCCCCCUGCGGAUCGCGCGCUUCCAGCGCGUGUCCAACAUCACCAUCUUCGUCCAGUCCAACCACGGCGCUGAGACCACGCGCAUCCAUGGCAUCGACGUCUUUGGCAUCGGCGCCGGCACCACCAACAUGAGCGACCUGAAGAAGGUCGAGCACUCGCACGCCUGAUCGACACGCUUCGCCCGAUGGCCCGAGAUCGCGGGCCAAUCCGAACACCUCUCUCGUCUGUCCCUUUGCUUUCCUGCAGGCCGGCCAUCCUGCCCAAUAAAUGCCCCCUUCCCUGGA